AUGGUGCGCGUAUUCAACGGACUGCCUUCGCUGGGGGCCCAAAAAACUACCCCCGAAUACCUUGUUCAGAGCGUGACGAACCAACAAGACGGCUCUACGCACCCUAUGGUGAUCCAGGAGCACCGCAAGUUAGGUGAGGGUGCGUUCGGAACUGUGAUGGAGGCCUCUCUUUCUUUCACAGAGACUAGAGAAUGGCUGGGACCAUUUGCCAUCAAAAAAGUGCCUGCCCAGACGGAAUAUAAGUCGCGGGAACUUGAGAUCCUGCGCAACACAAACCACCCCAAUGUCGUGGGACUCAAAUUCUUUUACAAUUACCCAGAUAAGAGUGAUCAUGACAAGCUUUACCAGCAUCUGGUAAUGGAAUCACUGCCGUGCACCCUCCAGACAGAGAUCAAGCUCUUCUACAAUGCCGGCUAUGUGCUCCCCACCCCCCAUGUUCAGGUAUACACUUUCCAAAUCGCAAGGGCAAUGAACUAUCUGCACAGCCUUGGCAUCUGCCACAGAGAUAUCAAACCCUCCAAUAUCUUGAUUGAUCCUGCGAGUCUGAUUCUGAAAAUCUGUGACUUUGGCUCAGCAAAGAAGCUCGAGCCGCACCAGCCCUCUGUCUCUUACAUCUGUUCCCGAUAUUACCGGGCUCCAGAGUUGAUUGUGGGUUGUACGAUUUACACGACGCAGAUAGAUGUUUGGGGAUUGGGUUGUGUUCUGGGCGAAAUGCUCAUGGGAAAACCCAUAUUCCAAGGCCAGGACCCCUUGCUUCAGCUCAAGGAAAUAAGCAAGCUGCUGGGACCACCGGAUCGCUCAUUCAUCUUCAAAUCUAACCCUUCCUAUGACGGUCCCAUGUACCAGGACCGGCUGUUUGCAUCCGACGUUCCGGCGAGAUACACCAAGGUGUUCCCCAAAGCCGCACCCGAGGCUCUGGACUUGCUAAUGCGCGUGUUGGUGUAUGAACCAGAGAGGCGACUGAGACCUCGCCAUGUGUUGGUGCAUCCUUUCUUUGCGGAUAUGAGACAGCCAGGAUUUAAGGUGACUCCAAGUGGCAACCGUCCAAGCAUCGUGGUGACUCCGCAGCUCUACAAUUUCAGCAAGUUCGAACUACAAAUUUUGGGAGAUGACGUUUCCAAAAUACUGCCUUAUUCGCUGUUGAAAUGA